AUAGAAAAACUGUAUUUCUUUGUGGAAGUAAUUAAAUUAUAAAAAUAUUGAAGUAAACAAUGAGCGAAGCCUUGGCCAGCUUAACAGCCCAGUACACCGACUCAGAAAAUGAGGGGGAGGCGAGUCCAGAUUCACAAAACUCAACAGCGUCGCAGGUUAUUAUACCCAAGAAAUCCACGCCACCACCUAAGCGUGCAGUAGUUGAAGAAGAUACAGCGCCUGCCAAGACAAAGAAAAAGAAGCGUUCAAAGAAAGUGCGACGUCUGGUAAGCUAUCAGGAUGACACGCUAAUUUCGGACGAGGACGAAGACCGCAGACAUGAGUCUAGCGAAGAGGAAUCGAGUGAAUCAAAUUCCGAAACAAAUAGCGAAAAUAAUGAGAAUGGCGUGGCUAAAAGCGGCAAGGCAGACGUCAGCAAUGAGACAGCCAUGGAAGUGGAUGACGACAGUAACGUUUACAACGUCGAUGAGCGCACGGCAGAAAGUUACGAAAAUGACCCAAAAUACGACAAGUACAAAUUUCAAUUACCGUCAGAGCCCAAGGGGAAACCGCCACCAGAACUGGUGGCGAAAAUUAAAAAAAUGUAUACAAAAAUGAAGCAGACAAACAUGGACAUGAAUCGAGUUAUACAGGAUCGCAAGGAGUUCCGCAAUCCUAGCAUCUAUGAAAAACUGAUACAGUUUUGCGCCAUCAACGAGUUCGGUACCAAUUACUCGCCGGAGAUAUACGAUCCAUUGCAAUGGGGCGCUGAGAGUUACUACGAGGAAUUGGCGCGCGUGCAAAAGAACGAAAUGGUGAAGCGGCAAAAGGAACGGAAGGACAUGGACAAAGUGGAGCAAGCCACGGCAUUGGCUCGGAAGGUGGAAGAAGAGGCUAAAAAGCGCAAAUCGAAAUGGGAUCAACCGGCUACAGCCGGAGCGACAAUCAAACCGGCUCUUCCACCUGCGCUAACAACAACAGUGACGGGCACGAAGGGAACAGUCAUAUCAGCUUUCGGUUCAUUGCCCAAAAAAGCGGCACCUUAGUUUGAAUACUCCUAAUAAAAUGUUAAUUAAAAUAAA